GCCCAGAAAGCGUUUUUUCUGACCAUCCACCUUCGUUUCUCUGGGCUCGUGCUUGCAAAACCUCCAACUGCUCCGUUUCAUCCGGCUGGGUUUCUCUCUGACGACGUCUAAUGCCAGUCAAACGUUUAGGCAGGAUCCUUCUUUCAGCAUCAGCCAGCUCCGUUUUUGCUUCUUGGAGCAACUGCUUCAAUCCACUGUUGCAAAUAGUUCGUUCAUAUUCGCCUUGUAUGUCCUUCAGACAAUCCAUUAAAGCGGCUCUGGUGUUUGGAGGGCCCCGGCCGGCAUUCAGAGUACGUCUAACGACCAUUUCCAAGACUGAAGCACAACACAGCGUCAGGAAGAUCUCUUUCGCCUUUUUGGCCUGGACAAUUGGGUCAUAGCAGAGAGAUCCCGGGUCUCUCAGACCGAUGAGGAGGGCCAAAAAUCUGUAUACUGAGGGUCAUAUUCCGCGAUGGACACCUCCCCAAGGUCAUCCCGAAAAGUGGUCCCAAUGUGCGUAGUCGGGAAGGAGGUGUCCACGAAGGACGAAAACCCCGU